AUGAACAUUCAAGAAAUGGAUCAAACACCAACAAAGAAGGUGCCCUUGGAAGAAGAUUGUGGAAGAGGGAAGAGAAUUAAAAAAGAUAAAAAACUUUUUUCACCCGAAACCAAAACCGCUAAAGAUAUAGAAAAGGAGAAUGCUUCAAAUUUAAAAUCCAAUGUCCGUACCAACAGAAAAAGGUUGCUUAAUGCUGAACAAGCAAUACUUCAAGAAGAAGAUAUCGAAAAUGCGGAGAACAUGAUAAAAGAAUCAGAUAAGAACUGUCAUGCGGUGAAAAUCCGGACUAUUGAAAAGAAAAAAAAGCUCAUAACAAUAGAAAAGAGCAUGCAAACAGAAGAGACACUACAGACGAUGGAAGAGAAAGAUAUAAAAAUAGAAGAAUUAGAGAGGUUAAUCGAAGGAUUAACGGCAACACCACCUGUUCAGGAGUCGAGUGAUGCACAGAAUGCAAUUCUAAGUAGAUUAGAAUCUCUUCAAGAAGGGCAGAAGAAACUGCUGGAGAUCGCUGAAAACAGCUCCCAGAACGAGUCCCAGCAGUUUCAGAGAAAUUCGAACAGCACUAGAAAGAGUAUAGUCGCUGGAAUUGCCAUAGACGAUGCUUUAUUGCUUGAGGCUAAGCACUGCCGAAAUUUAAAGGACUGUCUCAAAUGCUUAAUUUUAGGGUAUUAUGAACCUGAAAAUUAUAAGUUUUUGGGCUGUACUAAACCAAAUGGAAUUAGCGAUAACACAGAAAAUUAA